GUAUUGGUUGAAGGCAGAUGGGAAUUUAAUAUGGUGAGACAGCAUAUGGAUGAACAACUUAUACAGGAGGUGGUUGCUUUGCAAAUUGAAUUGACAGAAAGGGGGGAUCAACUUAUUUGGCAACGAAAGGGAAAUUUCACAAUUAAAUCAGCAUGGAACCUAAUACGAAGUGCAGGUCAACAAAAUGUUCAAGCUUCUAAUAUAUGGAAAUAG